UGCAGGGAUCAAAGCUGGAAGUACCUCUGUGGCUUGCUAAAGGUCUACAUGACAGCAAAAGAAGAAUAAUUUCUGUGGAACUGCCAAAGAUUUAUAAGGAAGCCUGGAGGACAGUGUUCAGCGCCGAUGCCAAUGUGGUUGAUCUGCAUAAAAUGGGACCAUACUACUACGGAUUUGGCUCCCAGCUCCUGAAUUUUGACAAUCCAGAGAAUCCUGAGAUAGCUCAGACGAUCCUGCAGACAUUUAUUAGCCGUUUUCGUCGUAUCAUGGACUCCUCUCAGAAUGCCUACAAUGAAGACGUAUCAGCGCUGGUGGCUCGGCUGGAUGAAUUGGAGCGAGCCUUAUUUCGAGCUGGCCAGAAAGGGCUGAAUGACUUCCAGUGCUGGGAAAAGGGACAGGCUUCUCAAAUCACAGCGUCUAGUCUGGUCCUGAAUUAUGGGAAAAGAAAACUGACGGAUAUGGAUGGUUAAAAACCUGAAGAACGUGCAGCUACAGUGGAGGACACCG